AUGGCCUGUCCCUCACUGUGCAGUAAUAGUAUCCGCACACAGAGCCGCCUGAUUGUUUUAGUCCCGGAUCACUGGACUUGGGCAAAACCUGAGAGCUCCGUCCUGCUUUUUAUGUCACAGUCUUCAAGGAGAAAGCUGCCUCAGUCCAACAGCAAUCAUACUUCAGACAUCAAAGUGCCAGAGAGCAGAGGAGGUGCCAUAGACGGCCGCUUCUCGGAGCUUCAUGAGCCGAGUGCCAGUGAAGCGUGGAGCAGAGGAGAUGAUCUAAGGCCGCGGUGCCACGGAGACGAUGACUGA